AUGGAAAAAGCCUACGAAGAUGAGCUAAUCGAUGCCUUUGACGCCACGGAACCUAAUGCUUUGAUGCGUGCAGAAGAUUCUCUUGUCUUACCGCAGUCAAGAAAAUUUACUUUUGGACAAAUGGUGCACCCCAAUGAUAUUUCGUCGCCAUAUCCAACGCUCAAUAAAACUAUCGGGACGCAGCGUCAAAUAGACAAGAGGCAACAUGAUCCUCUACAAGUAGAUCAAGAUGAUCUCAUGACAGAGGAAGAAAUGCAGAGAAAUAGGGAGCGAAUUGAUCGUGAUGUGCGUACGUAUCAACAGCGAUUUGAUCAUGUGGCUCAGGCGCUUGCGAGGGAAACGCCGCAUCAGCUUCAGGAGCGCAGAAUGCGCAAAGAGGAACGAUUAAAGAAGCAAGAGCAGCGUUAUGAAGAUAUGAGGAGGCGCUUGCAGCGUGACGUUGAUCGUUUAGAAGAGAGGGAAAAGAGACAGGCUCGGAUAAUGAGGCGACAUCAUGUGAGCAGAAGCACAUCUCCCAGUGGUGACAACGAGGGUCAUAGCAGCAUCGUAAACGAUAUUUGA